AUGCUACCUGAUGGGGAGUACGAGAUCGACUUGCUGGUAUUAGGGCUGGAUCAGUCUGCCUCUGCCACACCCAUGGCGCUUCGAUACGGCUUUGUGCCUGACUCCAUGAGCCAAAGCGCACCUUUAAAGCUUUACAGAGACGAGACAACUUGUGUGCUCGAGGCACAGUCGACAUCUCGCAAGGCAGCGUCUUCAGUGAUCUUCGAGGGUGUACAGCAGCGGCAGAGGCCUGGAAACGCCAGUAAUGGUGAUUCGUUCUACUUGUCCAUUCGUGAGGGGCUGCUGGGAGUCAAAGUGCUGCUACAGCAGCUUUCUAACACAAUCAGGAUGAGCAAGAGUCGAAACGCUGAGAAGUGGAGAGGGGAAAUUGCCCAAUGGGAGAGGGUUUCGAAGGAGGUCGUGGAGGUUCCCAACGUCAGUUCCUUGCAGCAGCCGGCUGGUGUAAGGCAAUCAAAGAAUGAAACCAAAGACUUGAAGAAGAAAGAAAGUGAUUUGAAGAAGAGCGACGGUGUAAACAAGAAGGUAGAGAGUGGGAAGAAGGUGGAGAGUGUCAGCAGACCCAAAAAGGCUGCAAAGCGCCCACCUACAAUUACUCCGGAGAAGGAGAUCAUCAACAUGUCUGAUUUUGAGGAUAUAGAGAGUGACACAGAUAAGCCAGAUCUCAUGGCUGAGGAUGUGCUAGUGCCACGGAAAAGUAAGACGGAGUCUGCGUCAAAACCGAAGAAGCGACAGAAGCCGACAAAAGCGACCAAGAAGAGCUCCGAAGAUAUUGAUGACGACGAUUUCAAGGAUCUCGAAGACCAGUUACAGGAGGUGUUAGAAUCAACUGCGUCAGAGGAGCUGCCCAAUACGUUCGGCAACAGCUUUUCAGAGAGUGACGAGGACGAGGACGAUGAAGGCCAGAGGGGCCAGCAGCAGCACGGUAUUGUCAUAGAUAUGGCUGAUGAAGAUUCAGCACCAAAACAAAAGGCAUUUGGCACCACUGCUCCAAAGGGAAAGCCCAUGAGUCUAAGAGAGCUUUACGGUGGAAGCAAGGCAGAAGACUUCAGCUCUAGCGAGGAGGAGUAA